AUGGAUGCAGUCCCUGGAAGAACACUCGAGGCAGAUGGCUCCGUCCUGGAUGCGACAUACUGCCAACCCUGCUACCAGGCGGACAGGGAAACUCUCACAGCCGAGGCCUACUGUAGUGCCUGCAAGGAGUUCAUGUGCUCUACCUGCACAAAUGUACACCGGAAACAAAUGGUAUCCAAGUCCCAUAUACUUCUUGACAGGACCAGCAUGCCUACUACCAUAAUAGGCUUUUCGACCAAAGAAGAGAGCACAGAACCCUGUGACAAGCACCCUGGAGAGCUCAUCAAAUAUUACUGCCCGACCCACCAAACUCUUAACUGCGGACAUUGUUUAGUUCUUGGUAAAAUAUCCUGCAAACAGGAGAUUAUUUCUGAAAUUUCUCAAACCUUUAUAGAUGGUCAGGGGUUGAAAGAAAUAAAACAGGGUCUUGCAAAGUUACUAGACGACAUCGCUGCCUGUUCUUCUGAUGUUAAAGAAUUCAUCACGUUUGUAGAAAAUCUAAGUAUAAGUGAGAUUUCUAAGCUACAGGAAUAUCGAGAGCAGGUCAACAAAUAUUUUGAUGAACGCGAACAAACUAUCCUUAAAACCAUCGACGAGAUUAAAAACAAGGACAAAACACUCCUGGACUCCCUGAAACCAAGAUGUGCCAACCUUGAAACCAAGGUUCAAGAAAUCAAAUCAAAACUAGAAGCACAAGAACACAACACCAGCAAUUUAUUUAUAGAGGCACAGAGAGUCAAAAAGACGCUGAUGGAAUUGCAGUCAAAUAUGACCGAGAUUAACAAUGCAAAGACCAUUCACCAAUAUUCGUUGAGGAAGGACCCUGUUACUGAGAGGUUGUUGGCCUCGAAGACUGGCCUGGGUACUAUCGAAGAGACAAUAUGUUGCCGAGGAAAGCAGACAUUGGACAAUGAUAACAUGACCGGUCUUACGUUCAUCCAAGCCCAUUCAAUCUCUGUCAAGUCUCCACCAGACACAGAUGAAUGCAGGGUGACUAGCAUACUUCUUUCGUCCAAUGAUAACAUGACGGGCAAAACUCCAGACAUCCAAGUCAAGUCUCAAUCAGACACCGAUGACUGCAGUGCGAGCAGCAUACUCCCUCUGUCCAAUGAUGAGAUGACCGGUCUUAAGUUCACUCCAGCCCCAGACAUCCCUAUCAAGUCUCCAUCAGACACUGGUGACUGCUUGCUGACCAGCAUGCUCCUCCUAUCUGGGAACAGACUGCUACUCGCAGACCGUACGAACAACACAGUGAAGAUUGUGGACCUGAAUACUAGCAGCCUGGUCUCCGAGGUCAAGGUGGCAGUUAAGCCGUGGGACAUGUGCCUCCUCCCUGGAGACAGGGUAGCUAUAACUUCUACUGUUGGAAGCAUUCAGUUCCUGGAGAAACAGGGACAAUUCUACCUGGGGAACAGCAUCAAACUGGAUGAAAAUUGUCGAGGUAUUGGUUACCAUAACGAUAGCUUAAUUGUCUCAUUCAGUACCGGAAAGGUGAAGAAGAUGAACAUGGACGGGAAAGCGUUGAAGAAUGUUUCAAAGAAAUGGUUUAGCAACCAAUUUCAAUACCCUUGGUGUCUGACAGUGGUAAAUGAAGGCCAGGCAGCAGUCUUCUAUGUUUCAGACUAUGCAAAACACACGAUUACCAGUCUAGAUAUUGACCUGAAUAUCCUCCAGACAUUGGAGAACCCUGCGCUGCAUGGACCAACAGGCAUCACUGCGGUUGGAAACCAGCUACUCGUCUGUGGUUUAUAUAGUAACAACAUUAUGUGCCUGCACCUGCCUAGUGGCCAGAUGACCAAACUACUGGGGAAGGGGGAUGGAAUAUGGAAGCCAUACAGUGUCUGCUACAGUCAACAGCAGAAAAAGUUGUAUGUUACCCACCACAACAAGGGAAUCAAUGCUAACAAUGUUGUAAAGGUGUAUACAACGAGAUAA